CUCUAUUUCACCACUCCCUUAGCUUCCACACUUCCCCUUUCUCUCUUGCCAAAAAUAGCACAUUAUCUACUGCCCCUUUCUCUCUUCCUCCUCCUCCUCCUCAUCAUCAUCAUGAUGUCCAUCAUCAACCAGGAUCACUGCCCACUCCAAGACGUCAACCACCGCCUCGCCGCCGCUUCCCCCGAUCUCGCCGCCGCGGUUCCCGGCUUCGGCGGCGGUGGAGUCCACCGCAAGAAGAGGAUGGCCCGCCAGCGCCGCUCUUCUUCUAAUCUUCACUUCUCCUUUCCUCCUUCUUCUUCUUCCGCCCACCUCCCUCCCCCUCGGGUAAUUGAUCCAAGAAGGCUGAAGUUUCUUUUUCAGAAGGAGCUGAAGAACAGUGAUGUUAGCUCUCUUAGGAGAAUGAUACUCCCAAAGAAAGCAGCUGAAACUCACCUCCCAACUUUGGAGUCUAAAGAAGGAAUCAUCAUCACCAUGGAUGACUUGGAUGGAGUCCAUGUUUGGAACUUUAAAUAUAGGUUUUGGCCGAAUAACAAUAGUAGAAUGUACGUACUUGAAAACACGGGGGACUUCGUCAACGCCCAUGGCAUACAACUAGGAGAUUUCAUCUUGGUUUACCAAGAUUUUGAAGAUCAUAGCUACGUCAUUCAAGCAAAAAAGGCAUCCGAUCCAGAAAUAUAUUCCGACAUAGCAAAUAGUUGCGUUAUGAAUGGCGAUAUUGUGUUUCAAGACUUCAAUGCUAGCAAAGCUGCUAACUCUAUGUACGUGCCUAGUUCAACUAUGGACGAUCCCGUGUCAUCGUUUAUCUACGAUACUAGCUCAGCUUUCGAUAACGAUUCGUCGUUUGACUUUAUGAGUAGCUCAAUGACCAACUACUCGAGAAUGGGAGGUAUCGAAGGCUUUGGAUCAGUCGAGAACUUGUCGCUCGAUGACUUCUACUAAGAGACAUAGCUACAAUAAUAGUAAAGAAGCUGGUGCAUGGUUCCACAACAUGAUCAAAUAUUUAGCUAGAAAAACCUUUGGAGGAGGAGAAAGGUUUGAACUUAAUUAUUUUGGUGCUAAAAUGUGACCAUGCAAGUUUGUAUAAUAAAAGAAUGCCAAGCUUUGAAAGU